GUCGUUACCUCGGAGUCACUCUCGCUCCCGCUGACUUGCCGGUUGUUGCCCGCCGCUCGAUCCUCGAAGGUCCCGAACUCCACUGAAAUUGCCGCACCCGCACACCGGUCGCAAGUUGCAAAUCUAGCUUCCUCGUCGCUGGCUCCAGAUGGAAGAUGCGCCGUUCACCGUCGCAGAAGUCUGAGAGAACAGGGCUUGAAACUUGCGAGUACAAAGCCGCUUAAUGGAGUCUUGAGAUAUCAGGGUUUACAGAGCCCGUCUGUGAUAACUGGGAAGCGUUUUAAAGUUCAGCCUUCUUACCUCGAAAUCACUCUCAGUCCCGUUGAAUUGUCGGCUGCUGCCCGCCGCUCGAUCCUCGAAGGUCUCGCUACUUCCGUUCCUUGCAAUUGCCGCACCCGCACACCGGUCUCGCAAGUCGCAACUCUUUCGUCGCCGGCUCUAGAUGGAAGAUGCGCCGUUACCGUCGCAGAGGCU